AUGGUUUUCACAGGACAGAAACGUCAUGCGGGCAGGUUCAACACCUGGAUGCUGUUGGAGCAGCUCGCUAAUAAACGCUCGCACGUCUGUGUUCCUGCUGUAAUAAAACGGUCAACAACACGGAGCCUGUUGCUGUGGAAACUGAUGCUGAACAGAGGCAUGAAGAAGCUCGAGGACGCGUCCAGGAUCUUCGUGGCGGUCGGUUACGGUUUCUUCGUGGAGAUGACCCACGACGAAGCUCUGCGAUUCAUCGAGAAGAAGACGAGUCAGCUCACAGCCUUCACAGAGCAGCUCACCAAAGACGCAUCGAAGAUUAAAGCCAACAUCCGCAUGGUGCUGGAGGGUCUGAGGGAGCUGCAGGGCCUGACAGACCUCCCAGAGAGCCGAAGAAGAGAAGUUUUCUAGACUUCUCCACCUGUUGGACGAGCAGAGGAGCGUUCAGCUCAGAGCUGCGCACCGAGGUUCCACAUGGACGUUUAAUAAAACAUGGCUGCUGCAGUUUGUUCUGGAGUAGCACAUUAAAGCUUCUCUGAGCUCCUCGUUAGGUGGCGACAUCUGAACCCCGGUGAAUCUACAGGAUCUGGUCUGUAACAGACAUUCAGCAGGACAAAGAGUCGGAAAUCACACGUCGUCCAUCCAGAAUAAAAAAACAGAUAUCUGCUGCAGAGCUUCCCUGAGAAUCAUCAUGUUUUUAAGUUUUCUUUGGUCUCACAGUAAAACAAAAUGACCAACAUAUAAAUUAAAGUGAGUGACCAGAGCAGAUGAUGUUAAAGGCUCAUAUUCACGUUCAUACUGUUAUUUAGGGUUUCUACUAAAAAAUGUUUAAUGUUGACAUUAUUUUCUCAUCCUGGCUGUUGCUGGCGCAGCGCUAACGCGAUGCGGAGGUGUGGCCAGGCCUCACUGAUUGCUGUACAGAAACACAGCUUUCUAACUUUAUGCACUGAUUUCUGUGAAACUGGAUCAGAUUUUAUGGAGAGAAUAUUUUCUGUUUCUCCCUCUAAAGUCCUCCGGCUGCUCUGCCUCCACGCUCUCUGAUUUAUGGAGUUUGUUGAGAGAGAUUUUCAGUUGAUUCUGGUUUAUAAAUGUUGUGGUUUAAAUCUGGAUUAAUGUGUUUAAGCUUUGGACCUGUUGAAGCAGCAGAGCAGGACGCUGGUGUGAAGUUGUGUUGUUUUAUAAUCCUGAAAGUCAAACAAUUAAACCAAUUAUAUCAUAUUAAAAACUUAAACUAGA